GGCACAUCCUGGCAAUCCUACGAAACUGCGCAUUCCGUCAUUAGCUUUCUUCCCUUCGGCGGCGACGGACGUUCUCCUUCCGUUUUCCGUUCGUGUCCGCGCAUCCUUGGUUCACUGAAUUCUGCCGCACGCUUUUCUCGCAACCACCAAAGAUUAUACUUCGCAUACCCAUACACAGCCGCGGAAAGGAAAAAGUUAAAACCCGAGUUGCAGUGAAGAAAAACAGUUUCCAACAACGGGACUUGCAGUCUCUCCCGGAAGACCGCUGAGCUUCUUUCCUUAUAAUUUGCGAAAACAUUUUCACAUAAUUUGCAUAGAAAACAAAUAUACAUAAGCGACUGGAAUCGAAGCUCGAAUAUUGCCAAUCAGCCGUAACAACACAAGAAAAGUGCCAAAAUAUCGUAAAGCGUUUGAGUCGGCGAGGAAAGGAAAAUAGCUAGACAUAAAAUUUACAGUUACGUAGGAUUUACAACCGAGAACAGUUACACACAGACAACCCCGCUGGCUCGCCCACCCACACACACACGCAAGGAGUUACUGCGCCGGGGCCGUGGAAAGGGGAGUGGAGUCCUUGAAGCAUCUCGGCUUACGAACAACCCCCAACAACAUUGGGUGCGUCGGUACUCGGCCUGAACGUAACGGAAAACGGCAAAAAACCGUCAACAAAAAACAAACAAACACAAACACAGGAAGCCGACAGUGUCCGUGUGUGUGUUCUGGUGUAGAUUUACCGUUGCCCUUUCAUCGGCUGCGAGAGUGUGUGUGUGUGGGCGCCACAAUAAAAGGAGGCGCAAAGGAUAUUAUGAGGCCGACGUUGUCUGCAUUUGCGAAUAAGCAACUACCAUCCGUCCAUUUUGGUUAAGACUAGGGAUACCACUAUGUUUGGAUCCAAGCUGCGCUCCUGGAUGGAGACGCACAUCGUGCGUCCCCGAAAGAAGGGCAGCAAGCACAAGCAAGCGGUCUCGGAAACGGGCAGUUCUUGCUCCGGGAAGAAGGCGGGCACCCUGCCCCCGCAGGGAAGCAACUUGACCAGUCCGGUCCUGACCAGCAGCGGGAGCCACAGCAUCGCCAGUCCGGUGCGGAGGCGCGAGGUCUCGCCCAUCCAGUGCCACCCACCCAGUCGUAGAUAUGGCUGGCAAUCCCCAGACGAAGACUCCUACGUCAUAACCUCGCCCAAGUCGGACAAUUUGCUUUACGCUCCGCACUGUCAUCAGCAGCACCAGCCGCUGCAGCAGCCUUCGCACCAUCUAAGUGUGCCCAAUAGCAAGGACAACUCCUGCGCCGAGAAGUCGCCCAUCAGGGUAAACUGCUCUUCGUCCUCCAUAUCGUCCUUGUCCUGGUCAACAGGCUCCAAGGAGCCCUCUUCUGGCAAGCAAGCCACUUUUAAGGAGCAGUCCAUAAAUGGGGAAUACCACAUUCCACCCGAGGAGGAGGUGGAGUACGAGGAGGUGGGCGCUCUGCUACUCCGCCCUCCGGCCCCCAUUGCGGAGCAGCAGCGUCCGCAGUCGGAGAAUUUGACCGGCAUGCGUCUUAUCUACGAGGAGGAGCCCAGGCAGAGCAAGAACCAUGUCCGGUACGGGCGCCUGCUUCCUUCCAAGCUGGCACCGGCUCAGCUUGGCGAGUCUCUGGACAAUUUGACAACUACGCCCCCAGUCCCUCCGGCUCCUCCUUCCGGCUCCCGUAUGCGGACUCCCCGCGGAAUGCAGCGCAGCAAUUUUAUGCCGGGACCCCGGCCCCACAGCUUGCCCUCGCCAGAGAGCGCCUACUCUACGGGCUACUCCACAGAUGGCACAUCGCCGUGCGCCGCCAGCAACUACAAUCCGCCCGAGUACUACAUCAACAUGCGCUCGGGAACCCACUACUUCCCCAAGAGCGUCAAUUCGCUGGCCAUAGAGGCGCAGCGCUACAAGUUCGGCCUAAACCGCAUUGAAGAGAUGUCGCCCAUGGAUCCGCUGCCCAAGAGCAACUUCGCAAGUGCCAAUCAUGGCCUGGAGUCGUCGCCCAGUCCACUGGCUGUGCGGCAGCAGCCCAAGCUUUUUGAAUCUCCCUCGCCGAGACAGCGCUGUCGCAUAAGAACAAAUCCCUGGUACAACACGGGAGAGCACUUACCAGCCUCAUCGGGCCCCACGCGCAUGGAUCUGGAUGCCACCAGCACCACUUCCACGACCUCUUCGGGCAUUAAGUCGAGCAAUGAGCUGGAAGUUCCGGCGGCCAAAACAACAGCAAACAAAGCAGGAAAGGCAGCCGCUCAUACAGUCACCCCCAACUGCCGAGCCACUCCUAGCAAGUCUGCCAAAGUUGCAGGUGUGGACACUGUUGGGGGUGUGUCUGGUGGUGCACCUGGUUCUGGGGUCGCUUACGAGUCCGAGGGCUCUUCGUCGUCGACUGAAGUGGAAAAUCUGCAUGCCCCACACACCAUAAAGCGUCGCCACAUGGAGCAAGCGGAGACGACAACAACUUCAGCGCCUAUGGCGGCUGGCGGUGGAGCUGGAGCUACCACCAUCUCCUUCGUGCUCAGUGAUGACGAGGCCACACUCAACGAGAUGAUUGGGAAGUUUGACGAGAGCUACAUCUACGAAAAGGAGACUGACAUACUAAGCAGCGACUCGGAUAUUACUGACUGCUGCGCCUCGGAGCUGGACACUGGACAGGAUGCGGGUGAUGAGUGUGACACGGACGAGCUUUUGGAUAUUGACUUUAUAGACACUUCUUCAAUGCAAGAGGUGGUAAUCGACCGCCAGGACCUUUCGCGCAAUCUAGGCAGCUGCCAUUACUAUUCGAACCAGCCGGCUAGUCCAAUGAUGAAAAGGAAGGCUUCAACCCGCUCUCGUCGCAAAAGCGGCCAAGAGACGGGAGAAAGCUACCAACAGCGUCGACGCAAAAGGUUCCUUAAGACCCGCAAGAAGAGCUGCGAAAACCGCGAAAAGAUCCCCUCGUCCCCACUCCGUGAGCCUCGCGGAACCCGAAGUGUAGGUGGUACGCCCGUCUGCUUACGCCGUAAUCUACUGAAUGCCCGGGAGAGGAUCUACAAGACUUCCCCUCUCUCAAACCGCUCCAACUCGCUGAUUUUUGGUAGCAUCAAUGAGAAGAACACACUUACCAUCGCAGAAAGCGAAAAGGCUCUUCUCAAGGCAGACUUGGAGGCCGAUAUGAAGUACAAGCAGCUCAUCAUGGAAGCAGAGUCUUUGCUGGAAUCUAUGAAGAACAGCUUACAAAGUAUUCCCAGAGACACUCCCGUCGCCAGUCCGAGACGCCUAAAUCCUUUGGCCAACAAGCGCGUAGAGAUGCUCAAGAACAGUGAGGUGGACUCGAAAAAGCCGGCGCCACCUCCGAAUCCUCCUCCGCUCGAGCAUGAAUUAGCCGCAGCCAUUAAUAAGCGGAUUGAGAUGCUGAAGUUUGAGACUUCCUCUGCUUCCUCGCCACCAAACAGUCCCAAACUGGGACGUUGUAGUCCUCGCAAGACGCACCUGACCAACUUCAUGAAUCAAAAUGCUCCGCCUGAGCUGCCGCCCCGCAAGAUGAGCGGCAACACUCCCACUGCUCCACUCUCGCCGCAGCUUCAGCUAAAUGGCAGGCGCCUUCAGGAGAGUCCAAAGGGCAAGAGACGCACUAUGAUGGUGACAUCCACGACCACGACAACGGUGAUCAGUUUCAACGGUAGUGAUUCCGAGAUGGAGAGCAUUGCUGUGGAGGAUAUUGGCAAUCAGAACUACCUGCCACAGCAGAAGUCGAACAUGAAGAUCAAGAUGAAUGCCCAAACACAGCAUAAAUUGCAUGCGGAGUCACAGAUAAACAACAACUUUUAUUGCCCACAUAGCGAGCCCUUGAAGCGAAAGGUCUACAAGGGAAGCUCCUCCUUCGAGCGCAUAAAAAAGAACUUUGACUUGGAAUUGGAUACAAACGGACGGAGCAAGUCGAACGAGCGUUCGCAAAUUAAACUUACGGCCUCCGUGUCGGCCAAGAGCUCUAUGCAAGACGUGACCGUUGACGAGGCCAAGGGCCAGGCAAUGGGCGGUAGUAACCGCAAGCAGCAGCUCAUACUGAACACCAUCGUCGACUUGAAGCGCAGCUUGGAGCAUCAGAGCCACCAGUUGAGUGGCCUAAAUGGUGAAUAGAACUGAGUGAACUGAGUAAUAGGGCUAAUAUCAUCAUCAUCAUAAUAACGCAUCAUGCAUUAUCUAGACAGUAACUAGUUCACUAAGACCUAAGCUAACAGUCCAACCGAAUCCUCAGACUAGACACUGAAACUGAGCGCAAUAACUUUCUAACUGAUAAGAGAAGACGAUUAUUUACAUGGGCCGUAAUAGGAACGAUGGACUGUUAUGGAAAGUUAUUACGAAAAAUUAGUAGCAUGUAGCGAAUUGUUUUUGAUGGAGUUUUUACAACCGUUUACAUAACCCAAGUGUUUUCUGUUUGAAAUCUUCUUUAUUUUAAAAAUGUCCUUUGAUAUAUAAUUUGUUUUUAGAUAAAGCAUAUCAACACAUUUUUAUAAUGACAUUAUAUUUAUCGAUUAAGUUUAUUUUUGACUUUGACUUCUUGUUGUUUUUUGAGAAAUCCUAGCGUUAUACUUAAUAUUUGUUUCCAAGCGGGAAAUGUGUUCAAAACACAAGUUCUGUUUAACUAUCCUACAACUUAUACUAUCCAACCUUAGCUUGAAUACGUUGAUAUUACUCACUAUACUAAACUACAUAAGUCAAUAGCUGGUAAUACUCCUUAGUUACUUAUCGAGCGUGUGCGAGUGCGUUAAUGUGGAAGGAAAUCCCAAAUUAAUUAUGCAUAUCUCACAUGAACCUCGCCUACAAUUAGAGAGCUCAUCUUAUCGCUAGACUUGCUAGAACAUUUCACUUAAUCAGCAUUAUCGCAAAAGUAUUCAGAUGUAGUCCUUUAAGUAAAUUGUAUUACGAUCCAUCCAAGCGAAAAUUGUUUAGCCAAAUUGUUUGUAGACCAAUGAAAGGAAAUCCCUUUGUUUUACUGUUUUGUUUCCUCAGUUAAGUAGAGAGGAUUGUGUUUUUAUCCAAGACAUUGGACAAAUCUAACCAAAAUCGACUAUACCAAUUGGUCUCACCACGAGUUUAUAAUAUGUUGAAUUGGCAAAAGUUGUAAUGAUUUCCAGUUGGGGGCGAAUUGGUUGUAAUUUGGAUUAAUCGACCCGUGUAAUUAUGAAUUAUGUAUUGUGUUGUGUACCCACUUAAUAUGCAUAUAGACGCUGUAGAACCUACACAGAGAAUACAUAAUCUAAGUCGUACUGUAACGUGAUAAUAAACUUAAUGAAAACCCAAGACCGAAAUCAAACGAGAUCCGACCCAAGGGGAUCCACAGAGUAGUAAGUAUGGAGUAGUUACAUAUAGCGUAACAGUUAUGUUUGGUUUUCGUUUCACACCCGAGUGCACUUUGUAGCUUUGCGUACUUGUUUCCCAUUGAAAUUAAAAUUGCAAUUAGUUUUCGUUUUCGCUUACGUACUAGUGCCUGCUUAUAGUGCAGGGGUAGUGGUCGGGUAUGCUGUGUUAAAUUUACUUAAUUAGUUUCACCCGCGACGCGACACUUGAACAUCGAACACCAGGCUACGGGCACCCUGCGCCAAGCACCAAGCUCCGACCAUUGGCCCGCAAGGCGAAAGACGCACGCCGCGAAAUCAAGACAUCGAACUCGAUAUUUUGAACUUUAGUGGGCUGCUAAUGCGCAGUUCCACCCUGCAGCUGUCACGGUAAUUUAUGCGCCCUAGAUUCGAAUAUUCACUUGGUUUUCCGAUUCCGAUUAAGCGACCUUAAGACAAUCCGACGAGCUUUUGAUAAGACGAUUUACAAACCGCAACUUAGGAGAGACUGCAGCAGAUUCACUCCCGCGACGGGGAUGGCAUCCGGUACCACGUGUGGUAUGGGUGAUAUUCGUUGUUGCCGAACACCCAUUAUCCUAUCAGACGACGACGCCUGUAAUUACCGAACCCAUGUACUUUGAACGUCAAUAAAGGACCAAUAUUUUGAACCGCCUA